AUGGCCGAAGUUGCUGAAACCCCCGCUGUGGAAGUCCAGGAGAAGGAGGAGGCGCAGCCCGCCGAGGCGGCGGUGCCAAAGAACGGCGAUGCCAAGGAGGAGGCGGCCCCGGCGGCCGAGGAAUCCGCCGGCGACUUCUCCAAGCAGGAGCGCGCCAUUAUUCGGCAGGUGGAGUACUACUUCGGCGACGCCAAUCUCAAUCGGGACAAGUUCCUGCGCGAGCAGAUCGGCAAGAACGAGGACGGCUGGGUGCCUUUGUCCGUGCUCAUCACCUUCAAGCGCCUGGCCUCCCUGUCCACGGACCUCGCCGAAAUCGUUGGGGCUCUGAACAAAUCCGAGGAGGGCCUGGUCGAGAUCAGCGAGGAUAAGCUCAGUCUGCGUCGCCAUCCGGAGCGCCCGAUUCCCGAGCACAACGAGGAGCGGCGCAAGGAGAUCCAGGAGCGCACCGCCUACGCCAAGGGCUUCCCGCUGGACUCCCAGAUGAGCGAGCUGCUCGACUUUGCCGCCAACUACGACAAGGUGGUCAAUCUGACCAUGCGCAAGCACUACGACAAACCGACCAAGUCGUACAAGUUCAAGGGCAGCAUUUUCCUCACGUUCGAGACCAAGGAGCAGGCCGCCGCCUUUCUGGAGCAGGAGAAGAUCGCCUACAAGGAGCGCGAGCUGCUGCGCAAGUGGCAGGUUGACUACCUGAAGGAGAAGCAGGAGGAGUACGCCCAGAAGAACGAGAAGCGCAAGAACAAGAAGGAGGCCAAGCCGGAGCCGGCCUUCGAGCUGCCCAAGAACGCCAUUGUGGUCUUCGAGGGUGCUCCGGAGACCUCCACGCGCGAGGAGAUCCGCGAGGCCUUCGAGAAGAUCAAGGACUUCGAGGUGGCCUACAUUGAGUUCGCCAAGGGCGAGACCAAGGGCUCCGUGCGUCUGACCGAGGCCGAUGCGGCCGAGAAGUACAUUUCCAAGGUGGAGGAGGGCAAGCUCAAGUUCAACGAUGAGGUCUCGCUGACGCUGCGCAAGGCCACCGAGGAGGAGGAGAAGGAGUUCAUCGACAAGGCCAUCGAGUUCAUGAAGAAGCGACGCGACUUCACCCGCAACAAGGGCAAGCGCUUCAACCGCAAGCGCCACGGUGGAAACGACCACAAACAUGGCCACAAGAAGGCGCGUGGAGACUAACUCCUCGCUCAGCCGUCUAUCUUCCGCCACCCGAGUCCCUUGAUGGCAGUAGACCAAGCUUAACUGUUACUCGGUAGAUCUAGUUGACCUAGCUUUAAGCUCUUACUUAUAUUACUUAUGCUUUCUUGUAGUUUGCGAAACUAAUCGUAAGAGAAACAGAAUAUUGUCCAAAAAAUAUGUAUAGUCUACAGUUUACAUAGAUAACGAGAUGAACUCUAAUUUAUUUUACAUAGAAGACUACGAAUCCAUUUGUUUCCUUAAUCAGAAAGCUAAAAAUAAAGACCAGUUUGUAAAGCCC